GUAGACGCCGCCGCCGCCGCCGCUGCGGGCAGAGGGAGGCGCGCGGCAGCUCCAGGAAGCAGCCCACCGCGCUCCAGGCGAGUGGCGGCUCCUCGGCUCGAGCCAUGGCCGGGGACAGUGAGCAGACUCUGCAGAGCCACCAGCAGCCCAGUGGCGGCGAGCCCUUCCUGAUCGGAGUCAGCGGCGGCACGGCCAGCGGCAAGUCUUCAGUUUGUGCCAAGAUCGUGCAGCUCCUGGGGCAGAACGAGGUGGACUACCGCCAGAAGCAGGUGGUCAUCCUGAGCCAGGACAGCUUCUACCGUGUCCUUACGUCGGACCAGAAGGCCAAAGCCCUGAAGGGACAGUUCAAUUUUGAUCACCCAGAUGCCUUUGACAAUGAACUCAUCUUGAAGACUCUCAAAGAAAUCACUGAAGGGAAAACAGUCCAGAUUCCCGUGUAUGACUUCGUCUCCCAUUCUCGGAAAGAGGAGACUGUCACUGUCUAUCCCGCGGAUGUGGUGCUCUUCGAAGGGAUCCUGGCCUUCUAUUCCCAGGAGGUUCGAGACCUGUUCCAGAUGAAACUUUUUGUGGAUACAGAUGCAGACACCCGGCUCUCCCGAAGAGUACUGAGGGACAUCAGCGAAAGAGGGAGGGACCUUGAACAGAUUUUGUCUCAGUAUAUCACGUUCGUCAAGCCUGCCUUUGAGGAAUUCUGCUUGCCAACCAAGAAGUAUGCCGAUGUGAUAAUUCCUAGAGGUGCAGACAACCUCGUGGCCAUCAACCUCAUCGUGCAGCACAUCCAGGACAUCCUCAACGGAGGGCCUUCCAAGCGGCAGACCAACGGCUGCCUCAACGGCUACACCCCUUCACGCAAGAGGCAGCCAUCGGAGUCCAGCAGCCGGCCGCAUUGAUCCGGGUUCUGCAGACCCGCCCGCCUCCGAGACACCGCUCACCUGUACACACCGUCUCCUCUGACAUCGCUGUAUUUAGGAAAACACCUUGGGGAUGAAAUGCCUUUGAUUAUUUUCUUUUCCUGUUUAUACUUCGGAACGGCGAAAUCCAACAGGACUUGACCUGAGCUUAAGCAACAAACCGUGCCAACGUCUCCUGGUGAUGCCUGAUUAUGAAUCCAACGUGUAACCAAUUAUAAAUACAUACAUAUAUAGAGAGAUAUAUAUAAAAGGAUCUAUUUUUGUGUAAAUGUACAAAUACUGUACAGCUCUUUGCCGUAUUUUACAGGGGCCUGGCUUGUGUAUGUGGGGCCUGGAGCUGGAGCUGUGUUGUGGGGAGUGGGCCGGCUGAUGCCCCUUGGCUUGGCAUCCAGGAGCUCGGCAGGAGUGGGGUCAGAAGCCUGAUGGCCUCCUGUGAGAGCUGAAGCUUGGGUGCUUGAUAGGAGGGACUUGUGUCCUCCUUUGCGUUGAAUUAGUGAGCUCAAAACUUAGAAUCGAUCUCAGGGGAGAGGACAGGUCUGCAGAGGCUGCUGGCCCUGCCCCACCUCUGGUUCCUGGCCAGUUCUUUCUGGCCUCUCCAGGAAGCCAGAGCCACAGGGCUUGGGGGUCACUUCCAAGUGAUAAGUCGGGAGGGAGGGAGUUCAGUUGAGUCUCCGGCCUGUCCUCGAGGACCUGCUGGUUCUCGGGUGUGGCACUCCUUGGCAUUUCUGUCUCUGCAAUGUCAUGCAGCCGAGCUCCUGGGCCCUGGGGAUGAGCUGCCCACACGAGGGACUUUUGUUGGACGUGAUGGGGGGAUAUGCAGUGAGAGGGGGUAGUGUGCCCAUGGUAGGGGAUCUGGCCAGCCGUGGUAGGACAGGAUGGGGCUUCCUAGGCGGACUACAGAGGAGGUGUUUUAAAGGAGCAUAUUUAAAUCAUGGCACGAAGCUGGAGUCCCAGAUGGAAAGCACUGGGUGGUGAUCCCUUUCCCACGGGUGGCCUCUUGGUGGAGAUCUUGUGGGGAGGAAGUGUGCAUUCUAACGCACUGGCAGGAGGCGGAGGAGUUGGGGGCCCCGCGGGGUGAGGCUGGUGUGAGUGAGGAGUCCGGUGCCCCAGUUUCCACCUGCAGAAGAGCCAGGGCUCGCCACACGGGGGCCACCCUCCUGGUGCUUGGCAGGCCAUGCCCUCGGUCACCCCGCUGUGGCUGCCAUGCCGACAUUGYAGAGCCUUCUCCCUCUGCAGCUCUCGGCCUCUUGAGCCUUCAGGGCAGUCUGCCUCCUUACUCUAGCCACCCGCUUCCCUCUGGCUCCCUUGCACUCCAUCGGCCCUCCAGUCUGGUUGCCAUCUGCUGCCCCCGAGGUCCCCAGGAGACCAUGCAGGCUGGGAGGGAAGCUCGAGGGCUCAGGGUGGCUCUGAGGCGGGUCCUCAGCGAGUGGCUGCACUGGAGAGUGCUUCAGGGCCAGAUUCGCCUCUCCACAGUCAUGGCUGGUGCAGGGUGGGUGCAGUUGGGUUAGCAUCCCGAGGAUGUGGCCCCCAGCCUUGCUGGGCCCGCCCGGGCUCAGUCGGAGCCCGUCCUGCAGGGAGCCUCAGCCUUCAGAGGCCAGCACCCAGCAUGCUGACGUUACUUGAAGCUCCCAGGUGCCACACCAUUUAGUGCCUUGGCCAUGUAUCCCACUGCCCGAGGGCCGGUCCUCCUCCUCAGAGCCCUCACUUACUGAGCCGCUUCCUCAUCUACCUGUGGUGUUGGGACCAACCUCCAGGGUCUCUGAGCCACCCACUCCCAGCCUGGACACAGUCAAGGGCUGCCCUGUCCCCUCAUGAAAUGAUCACAAGUCCUCACAGCUCGGCCAGAGGCCCUGGGCAGUGCUUGCUUGGGGCUGGACACACUGCCUGGGUGCAGGAAGGGGAUGGCAGGGGGAGGGUCCACCCUCUGUGGCAACCCAGCCUCCAGCCUCCUGUGUGUCGGACUUGAGCUUCCUGUARGACAAACCAGGUGUGGAGUUUUAAGUCUCUGGAUGUCCCAUACAACUGGAGAGUCGUGAGACCGCAGGCCUCAGGGUCUGUCCCCUGGCACUCGGAGCUGUGGUGGAGGAGGCAUGGGUGAGCAGAGCAGGCAGUGUCACAGGUGUGCCUGGGACCCUGGGGCUCCCGAGGGAUUGGCUCACGUCCCGCUGUCUGCACAGGUGCUGUCUGUGGAUCGAGUCAGUGUUCAGGGGAGAAUCACCUGCGCCUGGGCCGGGAGACUGGGCCUCGUCCACACCAGUGCAGCUCCUGCUGGGCACGUUCCUUCCUGGGCAGCUGAGACUGGUGUAGGGAAGACAGGCAUCUGAGGAGGGCACGUGUUGUGGCCUCAGGUGUCCUUUGAUUUGGAGCGGGAAGGGAAGGCCCCAAGAGCAGCCAUAGGUCCCACAGAGGACCUGCACAGACAGGCCAGGGAGGGGUGGGGAGUCCCUGGUGUGCCUGUCCCUAGGACUCCAGACGUUCAGCGUUGGCCCCACUUAGCYGUCGUGGGCAGCCUGACUCCUGCCGCUCCWGGGCUGGGGACUGGGCUUGCUGCCGUGCCCAGGUAGGUUGCCACUGGGUCAGACUGGAGGUGUGCUCCUCAGGGCAGCGGGGCAGGGCRUCUCUGCUGCCUCGUGCAGGCCUUGGAUGCGCAGCCUCGGCCUCAGCCUGUGCAGGGAGCGUGUCCCAGGUGCCUGUCCCAGGUCCUGCCCCUGGGAGAAGCUGGCUGGCAAGGACAGGCUGGUCUGGAUGCAGGAUACCCUUUUCUCAGGGGGAGCGGGCACACAUACUUGGUGUCACGAUGAGAGAGUGCACAGGCCGGGAAAGGCACAUCUAAGAGCCCUGGAGCUCAGAGCCCCUUCAGGCUUCUGUCCCUGGGCGUCCCUCCUGUACUGGGUGUGGUGACUGGGUCCUGGUCAGGGUCUGCAGCUCUGGGGCAGCGAGUGGCUCAGAGACUUCAGUUUCCUUCCCUUGGAGAUGCUUGCUUCCCUUUAUUGUUGGUGGCCACAGAAAAUAUGUACUUUGCUGUAAAUAAA